GUGCUGCUGUCGGUGGUGGUGGACGGGACACUGGAGAGGUCGUAUCUGCUGUGUUUGGAUGCGAGGACGAUGGAGGAGCUGGGCAGGGCAGAGGCGGAUUUUGCGAUUCCGAUGGGGUUGCAUGGGGCGCAUCAGAGGGGACGUCUUUGACGAGAAGACUGUAUCCUACUAGUAUUUUUCAAUGUCUUCUUUUUUUUUAUUCCAAAUAAUAUUAGUACUUGUAGUCAAAUUGAGUACAUAUCGCCUGUAACAGUUGAAGCAAAAUGGGAUUAAUUCUUUACGUGUAAGUUGUCGUGAUGCAUCACCAUUGCUACAUGUACACCAUCACCACAAUAAUUCCACUCUGAAAAUUACAUUUUACGAGUCAUACCCUUUGCUUUCCAGCAAAUAUUAAACCAUCAGACAAUCAUGAAGAAAAGAGAGUUAUAUCUUCGGCAUGAUGCGGCAUUCGACGCCGCAAGUUGAUGCCACUCCCAAUAAUCUGGACAUUCGGGGAGUUCCCGGCAUCGGGGUCGGACAUCUCGGGGAACUCGCUGCGAGAUUUUUGCUAGAUUCUGCCUUCUCUCCCCGCCGGCAUUUUGCGCGUGGCGCGGCACGGCGAAUUGGGGGGCUGGCAGGAGCAGUAGCGCAUUAUCAAUUGCUCUGGGGCAUGCAGGCAGUUGACCGAAGGAUUGAGUCAACUCGGAUGAAGUUGUGACUAGAUGCACCUACGAGCAGAAGAUGAGUGAGAGAUGAGAGCAAUAAAAGUUAUCAAAUGUUUUUGAAGAGUUGUAUUUUUGUUGUUUCCGCUUAUUUUACAGCUAUUCGCCCUCGCGACCGUAGUUUCUCCUCAGCGGCUCAUUUCAAAGCCGGAGUGUGCCCUCGGUCUUUUCGUUCAAGCAGUGGACACGAUCCAGUCUUCAUCUCCGAGACCGUACAAACAAGCAAAUAAAAAAAAAAGGAAAGUAAAGCUGGAACUGCGUCCUGACAUCAGAAGCAUUUCAAUCUGCACCUUUCUCUUUUUCUCUCUCUUGGUCGGUUGACCCCCACGCCCAGUUUCAGUGAUUGUCUCGCUUCCCCAAAUCCCACCCCGAACCAUUGCUGGCAUUAAAAAAAAAAGAGAAUAUGCCCAAACGUAGACAUAAGAAAAUAUUCAUUGCGUUUUAAUUUUCCCCAUCUUCAGUCUUCACCGGUGGCAGGCGCACUCUAGGCCGCGAUAGCCUCGGCAGUGGGCAUUUUCAUGCUGGUGCCGCUCAGGUCGGUGGGUUUCCGUGAGGGGUUCUUGGUGUAGUAGUCGGAAAUCGCCGACUUGAUGGCAUCCUCAGCAAGCAUGGAG